AUGGACGAACAUGUUUACAACAAGCAGCAAAAGGACAAGGCUCGCAAGAGAGGUGCGUCACUAAAAAGUAAAAGUCUUGAAUUGGGCGAGCAUUGCGACAUCUUCACUGCUGUAGCGUACUGGGACCCCACGCACAAGCGAAUGGAGGCGGUCAUGUAUGUUCCGAGUGGCCAGAAAGCCCCGGAUCUCACUAAGAUUUUCGAAGAUUUGGAAUGCGAUGAUUAUAAGCAGACUGUUUGGAAAAAGCGUUCAGGACCCUCGAGACACCAACGGGUCACGAAGAAACAACGCUUGAAUGACAAAUUGCCGAUUGACCAAGGAGCAAGGGAUGGGAAUCAACCAAGAAGAAUUUCAGAAAGACUCAAAGCCAAAGAUUGUACAACAGGCAUAAAUGGGGAAGCUGACCUUAUGCAAGGAGUUCGCAAAGCUGCACUGCAGCAAGAUCACUCUGGAGGCUUGCAAGACUGCGAGUUCGAAGUAGUUGGGCCAGGGGAGGCCAUAAAGUCCCGGAAUGAGGUAAUACAGCCAUUCCAAAUCGACCAUCUAUCCUGGCCCAUGAUCAAUGGAAGCCUUAUGGGACAGAAAGUAGUGGCACACCGCACUGCUGCUUCCACGAGGAGGCUUGUUCAAAAAGUCAUCAAGCUCUUGGAGGGACUUGUUCCGAGGCCCGAGGAGGUUGUUGUUUGA